GUUGAGCUCUGAUUUCUUUAGUCGUUUGUGACAGGACAACGCUUUCAUCCCAGGCAUUAGCCGCGAUUGGAGUGACUAGAAUGAGGAGAGGGAGGGGGAGGCAGCGCUGGAACAACGCUGUGAGACGGGAGCGCCGGGCGUCUGACGGACCGAUCCGCCUCUGUAGAUGAGCGGAUGCCGGAGAUAGUGCGGCGUCUCCGCCCGCCCGCCCGCCCGCACCCAGCCGCCGCGACGUGCAAUCCCGCCCAUUGCAAAUCCCGCCUCGGCCAUGGCAACUGCCGCAUCGCAUCCGUGGCCGGGCGAGGAGCCCACCUGCCCCAUCUGCCUGCAGGUCUACGCCGACCCGGUAGUGUUGGGCUGCAAGCACCGCUUCUGCCGCUCCUGCCUGGCCGAGGCGACCGACGGCCGCUGCCCCGAGUGCCGGGCCCUGGAGUCCGGUACCGGAGCCGCUGCCGGCCCCGUGCUCUGCAGCUACUGCAGCCGCACCAGGCAAGCUGCCGUCAAGACGUGCCUCAAGUGCGAGGCCUCGAUGUGCCCGCUUCACCUCAAGCUGCACACAGGCAGCGGCGUGUUCCGCAGCCACCCGCUGGUCGACACGGCCGCCGACCUGUCCGCCUGGAAGUGCGCUGAGCAUGAGAAGCUGCUCGACGUCUACUGCAAGGACGACGGCGUGUGUGUCUGCACCCUCUGCACGCUGAUCGGACGCCACCGCGGCCACCGCUGCGGCAGCAUCAGCGAGGGCGAGCGGGAGCUGCGGGCCCAGUUGUACCGACACCUCAAGACCAUCGAGUGCAACACCGCGUCCGUGCAGGCGGCCUUGAGCGACCUCCACACACAGAAGCUCAACACGCAGAGUCUGAUAACAGAAACUAAAAAGGAAGUCAAGGAGAAGUACGAUGAAUUGAGGAAACACAUUGAGAAUGAAGAGCGCGAUGUUUUCCUGUGUCUCGAUAAGGAGCAGAGCCGGGUGAUCGCAGCAAUUGACAUUCAGAUCUGCAAGCUGGAAAAGGAAAUUAAAUUCUUUGGGAUGUGCCUGGUUAAUUUUAAUGACCUUUCACAGAAGACUGAGAAGCUUUCAUUUAUACAGGGAUUCAGUUCAAUGAUAACCAGGAUAAAGAAUGCAUCCGCACCAUUCAAGUCACCUCAGCCUCAUCCUUGCCUGGAUAAAAUAAAACUGGAUAGGAUAAAAAAUCACACGCGGAAAAAUUACGAGCUUGUUUCCCAGGUGAAGAAGGACAGGGAUCGUCUAAUCUCCUUGUAUGGACAGAGGCUGUCCCCGGAUCUCAACACGGCCCAUGCCCAGUUCAUCUUGUGUGACGGUAACAGGACGGUGUCCCUGUCUCCCAAGAGGCAGCCGGUGGCCAGGAACACGGAGCGCUUUGACUGUUGCCAGCAGCUGCUGUGCGCCGAGGGGAUGAGGGGGGGCCGCUGCUACUGGGAGGUGGAAGUGGCCGGGGACAGCGGUGUCUGGAAGAUCGGCCUCUGCUACAAGAGCAUCAGCCGCAAGGGCAAGGGCACCGAGUGUCUGCUGGGCAGGAACUGCAAGUCGUGGUGCCUCUACUCGCUGGUGGGCUCCGUGCUGGCUCUCCACGACGACAACGACACCAAGCUGACUGCGGGGAACAUUUCCAGGGUGGGGGUGUACGUGGAUUAUGAGGCUGGGACGAUCUUAUUUUACAGCGUGGCGGACAGGAAGCUUACCCCGAUACACACCUUCCAGCAGGGGGCAUUCACCGAGCCCCUCUACCCUGCAUUGCAGAUCGGAGAUUUCACCACUUCUCUGACCCUCUGUGCACUGAAGUAACCUCACCUCAUCCAUCGAUACAGCACCCACCCAUUGUGCCUGGGUCCUUGGAAGAGCUUUACAAUCAAUCUCACUCCCCUUUCAUUCCUUGUAUAUUUUACCCCGUCUUCUGCUUACCUAAUUCUCUUUUUAAAGUUAUAAUUGAGUGUGAUCUUACACAUUUGUGUGCUUGCUUUUUCCUGUUUACCGGCCCCAUUGAUAGAGCCAAAUGCGCGGCCAAUAUAGACAACGUGUUUUUAUUUAUGGGCAGCAGAAUCUCUCCUGCCAAUCUGGGCAUGGAGAAUUUCUGGGAAUACCCCCUGCGUGAGGUUCCCCCCUGGACUAAGGGUUUGACAGGGCAAAGGCUGGAGGAAGCUGCACCAGCCAUUGUGAAAUAACCCCCUCACGCAGCUUCCUCCCACAUUGUUGAACAGUCAGCCAGUUCAAUCAGCAACAGAUCCACCAGUGUAAUCGUGGAGGUUGACACAGAAUGCUGGAGUAACUCAACAGGACAGGCAGCAUCUCUGUAGUAAAGGAAUGGGAGACGUUUCGGGUCAAGACGCUUCUUCAGUCUCGAUCCGAAAUGUCACCUAUUCCUUUUCUGCCUGACCCGCUGAAGUCCAGCAUUCUGUGUCUAUCUGUGUCUGUGUAAACCAGCAUCUGCAAUUCCUUCAGUGUAAUCAUGGAUCUGGGACUGCUCAUUCUUCUCCCCCAUCCCCAACCAUGUUCCCUCAGGUUAUUUUGCCCCAUGAUUUUAACAAAUUGUGCCCACUCCAACAUCCCUUUCCCCACAAGCUUUAGCUGGCCGUAAUUUGUGCCCCAAUUACCCUUGCCCUGAUCAUUGCUGCCAGCCUCAGGUUCCCACCGAGGAACAGGGACCCUUGAGGACUUGUUGGUCAGCAGAGUUGUUAUAUAUGGGGGUGAAGGCUUCGCCUCACUGCUAACCUCUCCAGCAGAUGAAAACCCAGCCCUGAGCCCUAAUUCCUUCAGGACCUGGAGGAGUGAAUGUCCCCUACAUGACAUUCUGGCCAUUUGCUGAACCUUCUCAGCUCUCCAUCCCUGACGCCAGAUGUGGCUUUCUUUAUCUCCUGAGCUGAUGUGUGUUGGCUGCUCUCUUGUACUGGAAUCUGUAAACUCCCGACAUACUGAUGAUACUUUCUUACUGCCAGUGAAACCUUGUGGAAUGGUUAGGAAUUUCUCGGAAUCCAGUCGGUGCAUACUACGUGUUUAUUUUGUUAUGGAAUGGCAUGAAUGACAACAUUAUUCUUGCCGGUGAACUUAGAAGCUGCUAAAAUGUUUAAUAUUUUGGAUUUUUGAAACAUAAAGUGCUGGUACAU